AUUGUCUUGAUUCCACAGCCGUCAAGUGAUUUGAACGAUCCUCUAAACUGGCCACUUUGGCAGCGAGAUCUGAUCCUUCUGCUCUACUGCUUUUGCACCAACAUUUGUGUCGGAGGCGUUGGCCCUCUUCUGUCAGUCAUUGUUGUUCCACUUAUCAUGGAGUUUCGGGUUGGCUUCACACAAGUCACUCUACUCAGCGGCUACCAGCUCGCAACUGUAGCCUCAGUCGGUAUUUUCGUCUCGGCACUCUCUCGAAAGUUCGGCAAACGACCAGCAUUUCUUGUCUCGCUCUCUCUGCUGCUCGCUGGCUCCAUCUGGUGUGGAGAAUCAACUUCGUACAAUUCAAUGCUGGGAGGGCGCAUCAUCCAGGGACUUGGCACUGCUACCUUCGAGAGUAUCACAUUCGCUAUCAUUGGUGACCUCUAUUUUGUGCAUCAAAGAGGUUCACGAAUGGCAAUCUACGUGAUCUCUCAGGCUGGCUUGGUGUUAAUGCCAAGCAUGAUUGCAGGAAAGGUGGCCGAGGACCUUAACUGGCGGUGGACUUUCCGACUGCUCUCAAUCUUUAUUGGAAUUGGUUUUCUCGGGGUUAUCUUGUUUGGGUGGGAGACUGCUUUCAACCGAAGUGCGGUCUACAAUAUCGAUACCUCCUCUCAUGACAACAUUCAGAUCAUUGAAGAUCUCAAGAGCGGGGAUGCAGCUCAUAUUGAAGGCGACAACCAUCUUGCCACAACUCUGACAGUGUCAUCAUCCACAAACGAAACCAGAAAGCGCGACUCCUUCCUCAAAAGAAUGAUGCCAUGGUCAGGUGUCUAUACAUCAGAGCCCUUGAUCAAGCUAAUUGUUCGUCCCCUCUUCGUCGUAGCCAACCCCGCCAUCCUCUGGGCCAUCCUCGUCAUCGCCUUCGCCCAGCUCUGGAACGUCAUAAUUAGCUACACCCUCGCCCAAAUCUUCUCACCACCUCCAUAUUCUCUCGGUCCGGCGCAACUCGGCUACAUCUCCGGGGGUCCCAUGGUAGCCGGUGUUAUCGGCUGUUUCUUCUGCGGAGCUAUAUCCGACCCGAUUUGUAGAUACAUGGCCAAACGCAACAACGGCAUCUAUGAACCGGAAUUUCGCCUCGUUCUCAUGGCUUUUGUGCCGAUCUUUGCUGGUCUGGGAUAUUUUCUGUUCGGGAAUAUGGCUGCGGAGGGCAAGAGCCCCGUUGCGCUGUCGGUGAUUUGGGGAGUUAUCUUCUUCUCGGUUCAGCUUGUCGGGAAUGCUACAGGUACUUACCUCGUUGACGCUUUCCGCAAUUACAGUAUUGAUGUUUUCAUCAUUUCGAUGACAAUCAAGAACUUCUUGUUCUUUGGGUUCUCUUUCUUUAUGAACGAUUGGGUUACUAAGUGGGGUGUGGCUAGGGUUUUCAAUGUUAUUGGAGGCAUUAUGCUCGCGCUGUCUGCUACGACGAUUCCGGUCUAUGUCUAUGGUAAGGUGAGGGCCUGGUGGCAUACGCAUGACCUUCUUAGCAAGAUCUGA